GGCGCUGCUGAGUGGACGAGCGUGCAGCGGAAAAUUUGAGAAAUAUCAAAAGCAGAACACUCGCGAUAGUUCUCGAAUAUAAUCCAUUAUUAGACAAGAUUUUAAGUAAAUAAUAUAAUUCUCAUAUCGAAAUGACUACGCCGCGUUGUUCCGAGUUUAUUCUGGACUCGUAGGACAUUUUUAUCUCGUCUCCGGGUUCUGUACUCGCUUUAUCGAUUUGUUGCAUGGUUCUGUCAUGGAGGACCUCCUGCUGCAGAUCGUCAAGGAGGCUUCGCACGCGAAAUUACCAAACAUACGUAAAUCGGCGCAAGAGGCACAUGAUUUCCUAGACAAGCAGCAAGGUCUAUUGCGGGAUCCCCCGCACGAACUGCGGGCGAAAUGCCUCCACACCUGUCAGCUCGCUCUCGAAACAAGGAGAAGCAAAUUUGUCGCCUUUGGUCUUGCUGGCCUACAUAAAAUGCUGAGGGACGAUAGAUUUCAGUCUCCUUAUGAGCCGGAGGAUGAUUCUUUGUGGCUUCCAGCUCAAAUGCUCCAUACUAUGAGUUCCAUAUUAUCCCAGUCAGACGAUGCACAGACAGACAUGCUAAAAGUGCUACUGCAAGUUGCAUGUUCUUCAUAUUGGACAAUGAAUGGUCGUCUCAUUAUUGCUGUACUAACAACUUGUAGCGAGGCCUUUGAAAAUGGAAACCAAGCAGUUAGAACUGCGGCACAGGCAGCUACCAGCCAAACUCUUCGAUCCUUCUGCUUAUUUCUAGAUGAAGAAUGUCAAGAAAUGGACGAGAAUGCCAAGAAGAAUAAGAAUAUUCAUGAAAGAGGGGUAUCUUGUUUUAAUGAGGCGAUACCUAUACUACAAUAUAUCUGUAGCAAAUUAGAUGAAGCUCAAACAAACGGCCGUAAUGGAACAACAGUUGUGUUUCUUCUAGAAUGCUUGCACACAUUGAUAUCAUCUCUUCCGCAGAAAAUCCAUACUAAUGCGCACUUCACGACAUUCUUGUGGCAAAAGUUUUGCCCUGCGCUCAUAGCUUUUCUGGGUACUCCAAGAGUUGACAAAACAUUUAUAUCCAGGGAAGGAAAAGAUACGGAAGUUGGUAGAGGGUCAGGCUACUUAGCAACAGCUUUGAGUUUUGACAGCCAUCAGGCUAAAACUGUUUAUAGUAUCGGAACAGAAUUGGUCCGUUUGGUUGGUUGUGUUGGGUCGCUUCGCCCGGUACUGGAAUCAGUAUUUCACAGAAUGUUACUAUACCCACCACCACAACACAGAAUAGAACCUUUAAAAGCACUUCGGGAGUUGUUGCGUAGUCCGAGUAGAAUGGUAGAUUUUGCAGGACCUUUGCUGGUUGAAGAUGAAAAAGGAAGUCAACAAAGCGACAUGGCAUUAAUGCGACUAGUUAUGGAUUCAAUAGAAGAAUCCACAACAGCUGGGCCGUUGGUACUUCAUGCCUCUGUUUCCUGUGUUGCUGCUAUGCUAUCUGCAUUGCAGGAGCUUUGUGAAGGAAAAGCUAUCAGUCAUGAUUACACUUGUACAAUCAAUAGUCUUUACGAAGAUCUUGAUAGCUGUAACUAUCAAGGUCCGUUAACUUACCAGAGUAUGGCUAGGCUGCCAAAAACUUAUCGCGAACAACUAGAGCUUAUGAAAAAAGCUAAUAACUCUGAGUCAGAUUCGUCUGGUCAUGGGCUCUCUGAGAACGGUGAUUCGUCAGACACAGAAGGUCCACAAAACGAAUCAGACAUAAAUGAAGAGAACAGUUUAGAUGAGAAUGAUUAUUCGUUAGAAAAUGAGAAGCAAAGAUUGAGAUUAGAAAAGUUGCCAAAGUGCCUGCAUGUCGGAAGACAGAUUGCCGAAGAGUGCAAUGUCGAUGUUGAAAGGCAUAAUGCGAGAUUGUUUGCAAAGACUAUUAUAUCAGAUUUGAUUCCAAUGGUAUCAACUCUGAGGAGUAAUAUUCAGGUUGACGAAGCCUUUCAAUCUUUUGCUUCUGAAUACUGCCAAGGGGUUUUUGCAGAGCAACAAAAAUUACAAGCUCAGGGAGACACCAGCGUAGAUACAUGUGCCCUGAUAACUAUAAUGAACGCUGAUGGAAUUUAUUUGGCAACUUAUGCCGCACUGCUGUUGAACUUGAAGUUGAUCAAAAUAAAUUAUUACAACGACGAUACUCGACAAGUACCGAUCAGUGAGGAGCAAUUUGUCGAGGAAGUUCAUGGCUCUGGUGUACUGGUAUAUCUUUCAGCCACAUGGCUAUCUGAACUGUAUCAACAAGUUUUGGCAUGUAAUCUUCUAGAAAAAUGCGGAUAUAAUCCAAAUACAAAAGAGAAUAAUGCGCUUGUGAAUGUACUAACCGAUAUCGACGGCCUGGGCAGUACUCUUCAGAGCGGUCAACUUUUGUCAGACUACCGCCGACUAGAAAGAGCUCAACCAUCACACAUCGAACCUUCACCAGAAGCAGAGGCAGGAGCCAAACUAUCACGCCGAGUACUUACUUGCUGCUGGGGGAGCAUGAUGACUGUUUUAACGGCAGGUCUUAAUCCAUCGAAUGAAGAAAAUUCCAAAGGGAUUCUUAAUAGAGAAGGUGGAAGAAGAGGAGUGAAAGAUACAGUUGUGAUGGCACUUGAGGGAUUGCAUAAAGCUGCAACGUUGAGUAAUAUUUUAGGCCUCCAGAAUCGUUGUGGUUCCAUUUUCUCUCUCCUUGCUAAGGCAUCCUGUAGCGAACAGUCUACAUCAAAAUUAAGACGGACAAAAGAUGUUCUUAGACUUAAGUUACAAAAUAGAGGAGCUAACUUACAUACGUCCCAUGCACUGAGUAUGGAAGUUCUCCUAGCCAGAGGUCUUGAGUUAGGAAGUCAUAGUAGUGAUUGUUGGCCACAUGUUUUUAUAUGUUGUUUGUACGUAUGCAAAUUGGAGCACGGAUUCUUUAGCAAAACUCAAAAUCACAGUUUACCAAAGGCAUUGCAGAAGAAAGAUACUAAUAUAGGAGAAAAUAAAACAACCCAAGAAAGACUUAAUCUUAGUUUUAAUCUAACAGAUGAAGAUGAAACUUGUGUUGACGUAUACAGUUUCCUUUCAACUCCAUACAAUCAGAACGUGACAACAGAUUCCAUCCCUGAAAUUAUACAGGAAUCUAAUGCCGAUAACCAUUUCAAUGGCAUUCUGCCUGCUGAUUAUGCAGCUAAAAUAAUUUGCGUGUUAUCACAGUUAGUUGAUAGACUUUUCGAAGAUGCUGCAUUAAAGUUGAAUUUGAGAGCACUGUGCUCAUUUUUGAAUGCUCUAUGUAAAGCGAGUCAAGCGCAAUUGUUUAAGACGACAAAUGGAUCGAAAGAGAAUAAACGGCUCUGGUGGCGGCGAACUAAACCAAGAGAAAAUGAUUUGAAUGUGCUACUUUUGACAAGACUAGGAGCAGUGAUGUUAAAGUGCGUCAGGAGUGGCCGACCAUUAAUCCAUAUCAUGAGGGUAUGGAGCAUCCUGGGGCCUCAUUUUAUGGAAGCUGCUUGCCACAAGGAUCGCGCAAUUUCUAAAAAAGCUGUACAAUGCAUACACGACUCGGUCGCCGCGUUAUUGAAUGAACAGAUCGAACUACCACACUUUCAUUUUAAUGAGGCUCUCUUCAAGCCCUUUGAAAAUUUACUUUGCUUAGAAUUAUGUGACGGCGAUGUACAAGAUCAGAUUGUGAGCUGCAUUUGUGAGUUCGUCGAAACGAAUCGAACAGAAAUUCGCUCAGGGUGGCGUCCUCUGUUUGGAGCUUUGAGGGUCGCUUCAGUUGGGAAUUCAGAGUCUAUAGAAUCAGAGCCCCUCCUUGAAGUGUUUAGAGUAUUUCUGUCAACUGACAAUACUCUGGUGUUUGCGAAUGCGGCUCUAGACUGCAUAUUAUGCUUACUGCGACAUGUCAGAGGUCCUAGUGAUAACGGAAUUGAGGAAGAAACAGAAUCAAAGAAAAUGCAACUCUGCGUCGAAAGCUUGAAGUACCUUUUAAGCUGCAGCGACAUUUUAGCAUCAAUGUACUGUAUGCCUGCAUGCCCGAUAUUCCAUUCAGCACAAAGAAUCCAAGUUUCAACAAUACCACAAUAUGUUGAUGCGGUCAUUCCGAAUCUGGAACUAACGACCUUUGCUCAAAACGGUGACCCUCCUCACGAAACUAUCCAAGAAAUGUCUUACAAAGUUUUAUCAACUACGGACGGUGUUCUUACUACGUUACAAAACUUGGAUAAACCAAGCGGAAUACUAAGGGUUUGGUAUUUGCUCAUUGAAGGGCUCGCUAGUGCUACCAUGAUCUGUCCACGCAAGUACCAGCCGCAUACGUUGGAAACGUUAUUCCACUUGUUGCGAGACAUACUAAAUAUCCCAGGACCUGAUUUCGGAUUAUACUGCGUCAAUCAUCUGCUACUACCAAUGGUUCAGAAUUGGCUGAGAAAAACAUCGAAGAUUUUUCGUGGCUGGGACAAUUUUGCACCUAAUUUCAAACAGUGUUGUGGAUUAACAACUGACUUGGUUGUGGAUUAUCUCACUCAUUUGCAAGGACCUGAAGUCGUUCGGAACGAAACGUUUUUACCAGCUACCACAUUGAUGCUGAAACAACUUCUGCUCGUGAUGGCAGAGUGUGUGGUGCAGCCCACAGAGAGUAUAGCGAGAUUGGGAUGCGCUUGCAUCAGGCACGUGCUCGUCAGCGGAGGUCCGAUGCUGACACCCGAACAGUGGGAGGUAUGCGGAGUUGCCUGCUACCGGGCGUGCUCAAAUUCCCUCCAGGAGCUCCACCAGCUCACCAUGGCAUUUUCCGCCCGUUCCGAAUCUUUCUACGGGGAUGUGGCCCAGGUCAAGGUCGCCGCGCGUCGCGACGCCACCCCGGAAGAAUCGGAGCGUCUUCGUCAGCUUGCCGCCCAGGUAUUUCUGCUUGAUGAACAACGGUCCGAAGAAAUUCCGUCAACGGCUGACGAGAGGUCCUUUGUUUUUCUACUUUAUCCACCGUCGAUUACGACUACUCUCAAUCCUGAUCUUUACAUAGUCAGGGUCCAGCUAAAAGCCCUGGUAGUUGGCCUCUUGGUCCAUCAGAUGCUGCUUCGUUGCAUAGCUAGCGUUCUUCUCCAUGGGACUAGGCAGCUUAUUCCUAGCCUGGUGCAAGUGAUUUUAGAACCGGCGGCAUCGUCGGUAACAGAUACCCCAGAAAAAUCCUUACCCGGAUACUUGCCAUACAUGAAUUCAUCACAUAUCGACACAUUCCUGGCCGCUCUAGAUUUGUCACAGGCGGCAGCGAUGAAGUUUGAUUCCCGACCCGGCCUCAAGUUCCUGGUACAAAAGGUGGCGAAUCUCGAUCAAGCAGCGAAUUUGUAUCAGCAAGCCGGUGUUGCUUGGACGAUUAAAGUUGUAACUCUGUUCGAAUUGUGCCUGGACGAGAUUUCCAGAACAGGAGCAGACGUUGACAAAGUGAAACUGAUUCUUAGAGGAAAUUCGGAAGACAGCGAAACCGUGGAACCGACUGCAGAGGAUGAGACCGUAAAAAGUCUGGAGAAGUUCGCCAGUCUUUCGAAGUACCUGAAAGAGCUGCAGACGACGUUCGACAACUUGUGCGAAAUGUACGUCGAGGUUGUCGUCGACAAGGACGGAGAGCACUCGCGAGUUGAUCAGUUCGCCAGUCAGUCGGUCUUCUUCUUGGUCGCUCAGCCAGACGACUAUCCAGAAAUAAAGGGAAAGGAGACGUCGGAGCGCAGGAACAGCGGGGAAAAACUCCAAGGCGCAUCCGGAAUCGUUGAGGCUUCGAUCACGGCGCCUGAAAGCAGCGAGUUGUCGGUGGAGCCGGUACCCCGAAUCCAUGAAAACGCAGACACGGGUUCGUCGUCUUCUUCCGACGACGAGGUCGAGAUAUACAAUCCAAACCUCGACGACGAGAGCGGACUGGAGGAGCUGGGACUCGCCGAGAACGAAUCGAGGCCCUUCAGGCUCUCCGAUUUGGCGGUCGAGUACUCCACGGAUUCCGGACCGGAAUCGGAGCCGGAAUCGUAUGACGAGAAUUCGCGACCCGCUUCCCGGCUGGGGUCGAUCAACGAUCGAAUUCUCUACUUGGAUCAAUCCCGCGAAAGUUCUCGGGAGGGUUACGUCGACACAUUGGAUGACGACGAUGUUAUGAACCGGGCGAAUUCGGUUGCGCCCUCGAGAUUGGACCACCUUGAUUUUCGGGGGGUCGAAAGCCGCGGGAGUAAAUGCUCCAAGGAUCGGGCAGUCUCUCGUCUCAUGGGAACAGCAGCGACGCCAUUGUCCAGGCAGAAUUCCCUCAAGUUCGUAUUUGGGGACGGCGACGAAGAGCGGAUCCGAGGCUCGCCACCACCCCUGCGAUCCCAGUCGGUCAUGGAACUCCGGAAGACCUCGGCUGCCAAUCGGAGAACCGGGAAUUCCCUCAGGGUCAGACCUUCGCAGUCCGUUUCGGAGUCUCCGAAGUCGCGGUCGUCUUCCAAGGCCAGCAAUCGUUCCCAGCAGCUUUACACCUCGAAAGUCGCGUGUCUCGAGGAGGACGAGACAUCGAGUGUCGGCUCGCCUGUGAAGACCGUCGAAGAGGAUAAAGUGACCGCUUUGCUCGACGCUUACAAGCGUAGCAAGCUUGGACUUCGCACAAAUCCUUUCCUCGUCGAUAAAACUGCCGAGGAGACAAAGGCGAAGCAGCCACCCGUUCCUCCCGAAGUCGAGCUGCAGAGGAAGAAGAGCAUCUUCAAGGAUCGCGAAGCGCACUGCAGAGCCUGGGCCGAGAUUCUGAGCGCUGCCUUGCAGUGGGCCUCCAUGUUACCGGACGAGAAAUUGGCACCUUUGCUACCGGUCCUUGUGGGUGGCGUCCAAAUUUUAACACGACACGCUGCAGAUCCUCCGCUCAAACAGCAUCUUGCGGUAUUAUUUCAUCGCAUUGCGGUCUUGUACGGCUUCUCAACAAAUUAAAAACAGAUAUCCAAUCAAUUUUAAUGUACGACGCUCUCGCUAGAGGCAGACCAGCGAUUUUUUAAAUCUUUAAAACUUACCGUUCAAGGCUUUCUAUACAGGGAAGAAACGGGUCAUAGACGCAUAAAUUUCAAAAUUAUUCUUGUCAUUUCAAUUGCCAUAUUUUUAUUUUUUCUUUCAAAUCUAGGUCGCAGGUUCUAUAGCGAAAGUGGUGUAAUACUUGACGCUUGUUAUGUUCCUUAGGAUGGUGGGGACAUCAAUCACUUGAUUCUAGCUGCCUUCUAUCUAUAUCUUCUGUCUAUACUUUUAAAGAUAAGUGCUAGCGUUGUUAUGAGGAAUGGGUGAGCUGCAGGAUGAGGUACCUGAAACCCCUUGUGUUUUAUGGGGACAUUUAUACAAUUGGUGAAAUUUUAUCAAAUCUAGAUUGUAAUAGUUUUUGUUUACAAGUGUAUAAUUAUAGUUUAGUCGUUUCCGUAUCAUUUGUUAUAAUUUAAUUGUGACAGUAGAUCUCGCAGUAUUACAUGUUUCCUAUAGCUAUGUCAUUUUUUCAAUUUAUGAUUAAACUGAUUUGUAUAUUUUGUAUAAUUAGGGAGAACUUUAAUAUCACGUUCUGCCCGGUUGUGGAGAUUCUAAUUUGAGCACAGUUGAAUGAUUUUUUUUUCAGUUUGAUUCGUUUACCUAUUUUUGUACGAGUAGUGAUGUUUUUUUUUUCUCAAUACAUUUACUUUUCAUUAAAUUCCGAAUCCGAUCAAGUCCGACCUCUGAGAAAUUGGCCAUCCCAUUUUCAAUACCAUAUUAGAGUCGUUGCUAAUCAGUUGAAUGAAAAGUUUUAUCAAUAAUACAAUGUCACAAAGUCUACAGUUGAACUUUUAAAUAUUAUUACAAAUAAAAAAGAUCACAAAUUAAAAUUGUAUUUUGCCGUUGUAUUUUCUGACACUUGUAUCCUCUAACCGCAAAACAAGGGAAAAGAGAUCUUAAUAUAAAAUAAGAACAAUGCAUACUAAAAAAACAGAUUUCGUGUAUCGUAUGUGCAAUAUGAUUAUAAAUACGACAUAGUGAGGAUACCGAGUUGAUAAGCCAAUUAUUAGGUAUAUACUAUCUAAAAGAAAAAACGCUCUAUAUACGUACUAAAAUAAUCCUCGGAUAUAAUAGAUGUACUUACAUGUUAUUUUUCGGAGCAUAUUACCAGUAUUGUACUCUCAAGACAAUAUAAAAUAUACUGUACAAUAAAUGCAACAAAAA